AUGGUUGAGCUACUGCAAAGCUUGAAUGUUUUGAAGCCAACAUUACAACAAAACAAAAACAACAAACAACAACGACAACAAGAACAAACAGCAACAACAAACAACAACAACAAACAACAACAACAAACAACAACAAUAAAAAAUAACAACAAAAAAGGACAACAACAAACAAUGGCAACAACAACGACGACAAAUAAUAACAGCAACAAACGACAACAACGACAAAUAACAACAAACGAAAACAACAAUAACAAUAACAACAACAACAGCAAUAACAAUAACGACAAAGCAAUAAUAAUAACAACAAUAAAAUUUUGA